GUGUACCAGGGUGCGCCCAGCCCUCUCCGCCGGAGGGCCUCCUGACCUGUCUCCCUGCCCUUUACGGGCCAAGCCGGGCUCCUCCCGAGAGCCAGCGCAGACUAGGUGCUCCGACGAAGAAACACAGGAGCCCGAACCCCUGCCAAACCUGCAGCGCCACGGAGAGGACCUUUUGUAAUCCCCAGCCACACCUCGCAACAGGAAGUGCUGCGACCGGAAGCACGCUGCCAGGAGUUCCGUGGGAUGCGGUGGAGAAUGCUACCCCUGGAAACUACGCCCGGGGCGAAAGGGUCCGAGGCUAGGCAGAAGGUGCGGGACGAGGCGGAAGUCCCUACAGUGCAGCAUGAAAUCCCAAGGUCGUUGUCGGUGUGCAAACCUGAGCGGCAGGAGGAUAGAGAGCAGCGUGUUAUUGUGGAAAAUAAACGCUGAGCGAACUCUCAUCUGUCUUCCCUUCGGCUGCUGUGUGCCCCGGCCUGGCAGGGUCGUUUUGGCUGGAGGCCCACUGAUUGAAGGUUGUUUACACAGAAGAAGGAUGAGUGGCAUAAUGUCACGUCUAGGGUGUGUGCGCCAGGCCAGGCCAGGCCAGGCCUCUGCUCAGCGGGAACACGCAGCUACCAGGGCCCUACCAGGAGGUAAACUCGGAAACAGUAAUGAAUUAAAGAGGCAGAGUUUAAAGGAAGACAGUUUGUUUGGAACGGUGCAGAUAAAAGAGAAGGUAGCUACUCUGGAAAAGCAGAGGGCAUGAGAAGAGAAUACACGUGUGGUUUUGUCCUCAGCUUUUUAUUCAAGACUAGAGAUCCCCCCACCCCCCCAUGUGGGCACUUGAAAGUUGUGGCCAUCCGAUUGGUUCUCUGGCGGUCUUUGAUCCUAGUCUGGACACCUCUGUCUACAUUCUUUCUGGCCAUUUGAUACCUUCUUGCCCAUUUGUGAUGGGUAAAUGUGAGGAGGGGGACGCUUCAUAGAAGGGCAGCUUAGAGUUAGAAAUUAAAGAGGACAUGUAUGUAUUAAAUAAGAGUCUUGAAGUGGCUCCCACUUAUCUCCUUUGUAUUUUAUUGUAUGGAGGGACAGGUUACCCUGGUGUUUCAUGUUCCCAACUAGUCCCUGUUUUUCCUGUGGACUCUUCCUGCUAAAUUUUUAUGUUAAUUCUUACUUGGGUGCCUUCCUGGGUCUGGUUUCUCUUUUUCUUUACAUUUGUUUUUCUAAUUUUUGAAGACAUAACUGAAGAGGCAAAAGCUUCCUUUAGUAACAUUUCUUAAUUUUUUUAACAAAGCUUAAUGAGAUCCUAUUUUAUCCUUCUUCUGCCUGUGACCCCACCCCCACCCGGUCCCUACAAGAAGCAGCAGGUAGCUCUCCAGAGCUCAUCUGCCAGUGACUGAGGCCUGAGCUCUGAGGAUGAGAGGGGGCCAGACCCCUGCCUAGAAAUCCAAGACCUUCCACUGGCCUUGAGUUCCAGGGUCCCACUGCAACACCUUCUCCCACUGAACCAGAUCUCAACGCCAAGGGCUUAACAUUGCAAAGCCUCAGUUUCCUCACCUUUCUUGUGCCUCCCACAGUUGUUCCAAAGAGUGGAAUGCAGAUACCUUCCAGUAUAAAAACUGUCCAGACUCAACCUCCUUGGAAAUUGGUUUUCAUUGUACUGAUGAAGGAAGGAGACGCUCAUACCAACCAGACUGGUCAGUGAGAAAAUGACCUGGAGGCACCAUGUCAGGCUGCUGUGUCUAGUAUGUUUGGCAUUACAGAUCAUCCACUUGGGAAACAGUAAGAAGCAUUUUGUUCAUAGUCUCAAUGGUAAUUGCAUAAAACAUCUUUCUCGAUCAUUAUCAGCCUCAUAUCUAAUAUUUUUGAAAGGCUAUCAUGGAGAGAAACAUAAAGGUGGCAGAGAAGUCAGCAACGUCGCAGCUCCAAAGCUCCAGCCGACUACUCUCCCUAGGACCCCGAAUAAUUUCAGGGGGGGCAAUGGAAGCGAUGAGAGCUGGAGGCCUCAGCCAUCUCCUCUCCAUUCCAGGGUCUACGCAGAGCGUGCGCCGCCACCGCGCUGCUGCAGGAACGGUGGCACCUGCGUGCUGGGCAGCUUCUGCGUGUGCCCCGCGCACUUCACCGGCCGCUACUGCGAGCAUGACCAGAGGCGCAGCGACUGCGGCGCCCUGGGGCACGGAGCCUGGACCGUUCGCAGCUGCCACCUCUGCAGGUGUGUGUUUGGGGCUCUGCACUGCCUGCCUAGCCAGACGCACGGCAGCUGUGGUAAGAAGACCCUACUGCGCUCCGCUCACUCCGGCCCACUGCGCCUUGUAUGGCAUCCUAUGUGUCAGGGACCUCGAAAGGAGCAGACUUGGUGGAGUCAUCAUUUAAGAAGGUCACGAGCUUUGUGAAUCGGACCUGAAAGACCUUGCCUCACAAGCCAAUGAUCCAAGUGCAUAUGGCAUGUGGCAUGUUCUCCUGCUGCCUUGCAUCUUCCUACAAUGCCUCAUCCAUCCAUGAAGGGGAAGACAGAAGUGUACUGAAACUCCAUCCUGGGACUGUGAAGAUUAAACCAUGAUUACACAUAGUGUAAGAGCCAUAGUAUCCCUACUGGGAAAGCCAAUAUUAUAGACAGCUAAGUUAGAUACAAAUUAAUAGGUAAUCAAGAGAGGGAUUGAGCCCUCAAGCAAACCAGUGCAGAAGAGGAAGACACAUCAAAAUUGUGGCUGAGACAAAUCUGAAGAGGGCCAGCCUCAAGAUGGAGACAUAGCUAGGCCUGCAAGCCUCCCUGAAAUAAACAGAAACUUGACAUUAAACUGUAAUUAACACUAUUGGGUCCAGUGAGCCCAGAUAGACAUCAGAUUCAUAGGUGAGUGACCAGAACAUCUGGAAUGCCCUUCCAGGAAUGCCUUUAUUCUUUCCAUAUUCUCUUGCUAUGUAACUUGUUUCCAUAGGAUCAGUAUUAUGAAAUGGCUAUAUUUACAAUUCUAUAGUUUGGUUGUAGUUUGACCCAUGUGGUACCCACAAGGUGAUUUUGCUGUACAAAAUACUCUUGCCGAAAAGCUUCAGUGGCCACCCACUCAGAACCCCUCCUGGAAAUCCAGAAGCUAUUCUUUUAUUUCCAAUAAAACUCUCCUUAUUUCCUC